AUGUCGUUCAGGCAAGCAGGCCCACCUCUAGCAGCCUCAGCAACACCGUCGAGUCUUUCAGUGGGCCCCGCCCCUAGCCUAGGCACACCUCCGAUGCUCAGCUGCAGCGGAGACCCGUGCACCCUGUCCAACUCGACAACUGCCACAGCGACUGCGACUCCUCAUCCUCCGUCGUAG